AUGUCAUCUCAACCACAGACUGUCAAUUUGGCCGAUCUCGACCUUCCUUCGCUACAACAGGUCAAAACUCAGCUGGAAGAGGAACUCUCCCAUCUGACACAAUCGUACGGUAAACUUAAAAAUGCUCAAGUUCGGUUUGCGGACUGUGCAGAGAGUGUUGUUUCUCUAAAAGGAGAAAAAGCAAAUGGUAAUUGUACUUUGGUGUUUUUGUUUAUGGGAUCAAAUUACCUCUAUGUUCCCGGUAAACUGAGCGAUGUCGAAAAAGUAAUUGUGGAUAUUGGCACUGGUUACUAUGUUGAAAAGACCUUGGAAGGCGCUGAGAACUUUUAUCAGGGCAAGGGCGAGUAUGUCACGCAGAAUUUGGAGAAGCUUCAGGAAGCAAUUAACGGAAAGCAAAGCAGUCUACGGGCUAUCGUCAGCGUGAUGCAGGACAAGAUCCAACAGCAACAACAGCAAGCCGCUGCUGCCAAAUAA